UAAAUCUUGAAAAGUACAAGCGUAUAACCCUAACUCCCUAAGGAACACAAUCCUCUAUUGCGAAAACAAUUCCUUGUUUUCCUUCUACGAUACCCUGUACGGAAAAUCCGGUUUUGGUUGGGUUAACAUUUUACUCAUAAAAAAUGGCGUCCUGUUGGUACUGAAGGAGGAAACUACCUUGUUUAGCCAUGGCUACACCUCCAUCUUUGAUCAACCUUUGCUUUGGUGCCCUCAAAACUCAAAUUCUUUAUGGGAAUGAUGAUGGGAUUCUGGAGGGAAUUUAUGAGCUUCCUGUUGAAUUGUUUGAUGGCUUACUGAACCAACUUCCUGCUUUAGCACUACACAAAUUGCAAUUACUAAUCAGGCCUUCUGAAACCUUGAAUAAUUUUCAUUUUGAAAGUGAUGCUUCUGGAAAUGGAAGGAAACGUGCGAGAUGUGAUAAGUUUGAUAUUGCGUGGAAAACAUUGUUUUACUCUCGUUGGCCUGAGCUUGUCAAGCAUUUAAAAGAGACUUCCUUGUCAAGAAAACAUGUGUUAGAAUGUGAAACUAUAUGUGAUUGGAAACAAAAGUAUUGGGAAUUGCAUCUUCAAAAUUGCUUUGAUGCAGUUGCAGAAAGAGCUAUGUUACCGUCUUUCAAAGGAUGUGUCGGGGAAGUUAAAAUCCCAGGUCAGCUAAUUAAAGUAAUUGGAUAUGAGGAACCAGCAAAAGGCUCAAUGCAUCAGUUCUCUAGAUUUCAUGAUCAUUGCCAAGAGUUUGGAUGUUAUGUGAGAUUUCUGCGACUUCAAAACAUAUUUUGUAACACGGAAGCCCUUUGUUUGUUAGCAAAAAGCAAGUUGAAAGGUUUGCUACUAAGGAGAAUUUCCUCUGAUAUGCAUCUUGAUGGAUUACGCAUGAUACUGAAUCAGAACAGAGAAACUAUAACUUCUCUAGAGUUUGUAAACUGCAAAAUUUCAUUGGCUUUCUUGGAAACAAUUUGCUGCACGUUGGCUAUGGAAGGUAAACAAAUGCAUGGAGUGAAGCAUUUUGCUGUGAAAGCGUCAAAAUUUUCAGAAGCUAAUCUGGAUUCUCUGCCACCACAACUCAUUUCCUUUCUGUCAUCAAGAUCACUGCAGUCAUUAAGCCUUUCGGAUGAUCAAAUCGGGAGAAACUUUGCAAAAUCAACUUUCACUGCCCUUCUUGAUGCUUCGUCUGCUCUGUCCAUCCUUGAGCUGUCAGAUAACAAUAUUUCAGGUUGGCUUUCCGAUUUUCAUUGCAACUCAUCCAGUCAAGCCUUAUCCUUGUGUGAAACAAGCAAGUCGUUGAAAUCUUUGCGUGUGCUUAAUCUAAGGGGAAAUAAUUUGCGGAAAAAUGAUAUGGAAGACCUUAGAUGUGCUCUCAUUCAUAUGCCUGUUUUGGAGACUUUGGACUUAGCUGACAAUUACAUUGAGGAUGAUGGAAUCAAGUGUUUAAUCCCCUACUUUGUCAAGUCCUCUGAGCACUUUACCCUUGCAAAUCUAAAUUUGAAAAACUGUGAACUCUCCUGUAACGGAGUGACCGAACUUCUGGAAGUACUCAUAGCAUUAAACUACCAUUUGAUUUCUCUUUCCCUGGCGGAUAAUGCUCUUGGAAGUCAAAUUGCACCCUUACUUGGAGACCUCAUGCACACAUCUAUAAAGUCGCUCGAUAUAAGAGACAUUGGACUUGGCUCUUCCGGUUUCCUAGAGCUUCGGAUUAAUAUGCCAAAUGUGGUGAAGCUAAUCAGCAUUGACAUAAGUGAAAAUCGUGGUGGGAUCCAAGCUGCAGAAUUUCUUGAAGAAUUGAUCUCUAGAGCUCCAGAGCUUGUUGAAGUUUAUGCAGGAUACAAUUUAAUGCCUCCAGAAUCCUUGAAAAUUAUUUAUUCAGCCCUUAAGAUUGCUAAAGGUACACUUCAGCGUAUCGAACUUUUGGGAAACCAAAAACUUUGGCAGGCUGAUCAUGUCUCGGCGCUCUCUGAAUUUCAACGUCAUGGAGAGCCAAUCGUGCUGAUUCCUUCAUCAACUUUCCAGGACGGACCUUACGAUGAUGAUCCAUAGAGAACGAAGGGAUAAGGCUUACGAUCAGUACGGGCUUCCCCCCUUCUGGUGUCAUGUAUGUUCUAAUUUCAACCAUACAAUUCUGCAAUCAGACAGUCUCCUUAAGAGACCGUCUUUCUGAGAGACCACUCAGCCCAGUCCAUUAAAGUUUAAUUAAACUAAAAAAUGAUAAUGGGCCGACCAAAUUAGAAAUGGUCUCUUAAAAAGACUGUCUCUCACAAAAAUUUGUGUUAUGCAAUUUGUAUUAUUAGAUGUUAUUAGAUAAAGUUAAUGAAUUGAUAAACUUGGGUAUAAGUUUAGACAAUCUCAAAUUAUUAUCAACAGUAGUCUUCUUAUCAAAUAUUGAUAAAAAUAGCUAUAUUAUUUAGGAAAAUUUGUAAGUAAUGCUCUCAACUAUUGCUUAUUGAAUUAAAAUACCCUUGAUUAUUUAUUUAA